AGCAUGAAAGUUUCAGUCACAACAAAACAGUGACCAGUCUGAAAAAUAUCUCUGAGGAAACCUAGACAGAAACUAUUAAUCAGCUCAUCUUGUUUGCAUGUCCCACAACAUUUGCGUGUUCCACUCUACAAAAGCAUCCGAACCAUGGAAGGAUAAAUCACAUAAAACGAUGUUUCCUUAUCAAGUUCUCGCACAAAUUGAAAUACCGAUGAAAUAUACCACGUAAGAAAAACGAAGCGGAAAAUGGAGGACCACAAGUCCGCGGAGAAAAUGAAGGAAGUAUGUUAUUUAUUUAACACCUUCACCGAUCCAUCCCUGGAGAAACUUUACCAGAGUUUCAAUGUCAAACAGAAGAGGGCCGGACUUGAGUGUUUUCUUAUCGGAGCCAUUCUGUUCGACAUCUAUAUGCUGGUGGUUCCAAACGGACAAGACCAUAUAUUCUUCACCGUCAUGAUCCUCUACAUCACAACGAACACAUCGCUGUUGGUACUAUGCAAAAAAGAAAUGAAGUGCACUAUUCCUUGGGCAGCAAUACCCUACAUGUGUUGGUACGUGGCGAUCACCCAGGUGCUAUCGGCUCUCAUCCUCAAGAAGAACGAAGUCACGUCCAGGGAUAGUCUAGGAUGGGUUCUACUGCUAGUAUAUUUGGUAUACGUGACGCUACCUAUAAGACUACGAUAUUGUAUCAUUUUGAGUAUUGGCACAUGUGCCUCUUACUUCGCAGCUAUUAUGUUAUUCUCGAAGUCCGAUCUGCAUUUCUACCAACAGCACGUGUCGAACAGCAUCCUGCUGCUAACGGCCAGUCUUUUGGGUAUAACGUCUUUUCUCGUGGAAGACAAACAACAGCGAAGGGCAUUUUUAGAGACUAGGCAGUCGCUGGAAGUGAAGCUCGUCAUCGAGGAACAGAGCGCAGAGCAG